AUGUCUUAUGAAUACCUCCUUGGAAGCGAGGAUUUCUGGGUGGAGCAAAUCAAGCAGACAGAAUGCGAAUUUGAGGAAGCGCGAAUCGCCCGCGAUCGUAAGCAAGCUGAAGUCGAACAUGCGCAGACUGAACUCGAUCGGACGGAGAAAGAACUCGCACAGAAAAUGAAUGAACGCGAUCAAAAGAGGAUCGAGUUAAAGCAGAAGCAUGUCCGACUCAGUCAGAAUGACAUUGAAAUCGAUAAGAAAACAAUUCACCUCAACUAUGCUAAGAAUCGGCUUUACCAAAUGAGAAAGCAGCGCCAGUCUCUUGAAGCAUUCACAAGUCUAGAUCAAGGUGUGCGCCAGCUAGGCAUCGAGAAUAAGACGACCCAAGCGAACCCGACUCCAAUUAAAGCUACUACAGUCCAAAGUGGAGCUUUCAGUGACGAAGAAUCUAAAUUUACUACUACUUCCCUCUCUCGAGGUGGGCGACCUUCGGCCCUCGCAGCAGCGAAUCACACACUCGACGAACAUAAUAACCUCAACCCCAGCGCUUCACGACAUGAUGAGAAGAGUAAUCAGAUCAAAGUCCAGAGUAGAGACUCACUGUUAUCUACAUUCAUCAAACCAAGAACUUCACUGAUCGUGACCCUGAGAUAUCGACCCCAGAAGAAGCCGGUGAGUACUGAGAUUUCGCCCAUGCUCCAGAAGCGAAUCAGAGGUUCAAGGCCGACGGAGAUUUCGAAGAAGCGACCAAGAGAGAUGGUUUCAUCCGAAACCAAAGCAGACUACAGAAUCACCAAAGCGCGCAGACUGGAGUUGCAGGACGAAAUGGUCGAGCUGGACUCAAUGUCUACCGAUGAGCCAGCUACGACCAAGAGAAAGCGUCCAGAACCUGGUAGAUACCAAACCCCUGACGUGAUGCUCUCACCGUUUAUGGCACGUCUAUGCCACCCUGUUGUGAAAAUCUUCAAGACUGCUCUGAGGAGAGUUAAAUCCGCCAAUAGCCAUUUGCGCCGAGCCUUCGAUACUCUUGGAGAGAUGGUGGAAACAGGAGAUCUGAAGCCUGGAGAAGAAUUCUGGGAGUGGGCAGAAAAGACGAAGGAUAUCAUCGCGGUAUCCAACCUGUGCUACGGUGCGGAUAAAGGGAUGCUGCUGUCCAGAUUGCAGAGGUGGAUCGAUCAGUGUGACGAUUGCAUGUUUUCCUGUGAGUAUGAGCUGGAAGAUGAAUACGAAAGAAGGGAGGCAGUUGAUCGUUCUGUGCAAACUCUCCAGCGAGAAUUCGCAUCGCUUGCUGAGGACGUCCUCCCGAUAGUCAGGUCGGACAUCAGAUGA